GCCCCCGGGCCGUCCCUCCGCGAAGCCUCAUGAGCCCCCUUCUGUUCCCGGCCCUCGGCCCCGCCGCGGCCUCCCGGACCGGCGCCCCUGUAGACGCGGGGGACCCUGCCCCCCGGGGGCGGCCUUCCCGGCGCCACACCUGCCACCUGCGUCCCCGUGCCCUCCGCCGUGCUGCUGGGUUCGGGUUUCCCAGGGCCUGGGCCGCGUCCCUGUGCCCUGGUGCCUCAGCCACGACACCCCGCCGUGUCGGCCCCAGGUGCCCGGCCGGGCCGGGGAAGGCGGAGACCAGGCUCUGGGGCCAUGCCGGUGCCCGUCCGGCUGCCCCCUGGCAGGUAGAAGUCAUGGACGUAGACGCCGAAAGAGAGAAGAUAGCAAAGGAGAUCGCGGAGCUUGAGAGGAUUUUGGAUCCCACGUCCUCGGGCGUCGGAGUGGGGGUCUCGGAGUCUGGUCUCCCGUUGGAUUCUGACGCAGAUUCACUGCCAGAGGAGGACUCGGAGGCUACUGGUUCCCCAGGCUCGGAAGAGGAGAGGUGGGGUGAGGCCAGCAAUGGUGAGGAUGACCCCAAGGAAAAGACCCUUCCUGAAGACCCAGAGACCUGCCUGCAGUUGAACAUGGUCUACCAGGAGGUCAUCCAGGAGAGGCUGGUGGAGGUCAGCCUCCUACUGGCCCAGAACCAGGAGCAGCAGGAGGAGAUCAUGUGUGACCUGGCAGGGUCCAAGGGCUCCAAGGUGAAGGACAGCAAGAGCCUGCCCCCGAAUUUGUACGUAGGGCACUUCAUGAAACCCUACUUCAAGGACAGAGUGACCGGGGUGGGGCCUCCUGCCAAUGAAGAGACGCGGGAGAAGGCUGCCCAGGGCAUCAAGGCUUUCGAGGAGCUCUUGGUGACUAAGUGGAAAAACUGGGAAAAGGCCUUGCUCCGAAGAUCAGUGGUGAGCGACCGCCUGCAGCGCCUGCUUCAGCCCAAGUUACUGAAGCUUGAGUACUUGCACCAGAAACGGAGUAGGGUGACGAGUGAGGCAGAGAGGCAGGUCCUGGAGAAGCAGAGCAGGGAGGCGGAGAGGGAAGUCCAGGACAUUCGGCAGCUCCCAGAGGAGGCCUUGCUGGGCAACAGGCUGGACAGUCACGACUGGGAGAAGAUCUCGAACGUUAACUUUGAGGGUGGCCGCAGUGCGGAGGAGAUCCGGAAGUUCUGGCAGAACUUCGAGCACCCGAGCAUAAACAAGCAGGAGUGGAGCGGGCAGGAGGUAGACCAGCUGAAGGCCCUUGCGGCUGAGCAUGGCCAUCUGCAGUGGCAGAAGAUCGCCAAGGAGCUGGGGACCAACCGCAGCGCCUUCCAGUGCCUGCAGAAGUACCAGCAGCACAACAAGGCUCUGAAGCGCAAGGAGUGGACACGGGAGGAGGACCGCCUGCUCACCCAGCUUGUCCAGGAGAUGCGCGUCGGCAGCCACAUCCCCUACCGGAGAAUUGUCUACUACAUGGAAGGGAGAGACUCCAUGCAGCUCAUCUAUCGGUGGACCAAGAGCUUGGACCCCAGCCUGAAGAAGGGGUUCUGGGCCCCAGAGGAAGACGCGAAGUUGCUUCAAGCAGUUGCCAAAUAUGGGGAGCAGGAUUGGUUUAAAAUCCGGGAAGAGGUGCCAGGUAGGAGCGAUGCCCAGUGCCGAGAUCGGUACCUCAGACGGCUGCACUUCAGCUUGAAAAAGGGACGAUGGAACGCAAGUGAAGAGGGGAAGCUGCUUGAGCUGAUCGAGAAGUACGGUGUUGGUCACUGGGCAAAAAUAGCUUCUGAACUACCCCAUCGGACGGGCUCCCAGUGUCUGAGCAAGUGGAAGAUCAUGGUCAGGAAAAAGCAGAGUCGGGGCAGGAGGCGGCGGCGGCGGCCCCUUGGCAGUAUGCGGUGGAGCUCCAGCAGCGGGGACAGCAGCAGCGGGGACGGCAGCAGCGGGGGCGGCAGCAGCGGGGGCGGCAGCAGCGGGGACUCAGAGCCAGAGGAAGCCCCAGAGGCCAGGGCAGGUGGCCAGGCGCUGCCGUCAGCACAGCAUACCGUGCCGGACAUGGACCUGUGGGUGCCUGCCAGGCAGAGCACCAGUGAGCUGUGCGCAGGGGGAGCCCGGGGCUGGCCAGGACACCGUGCCGCCUCCCCCAGCCCUCCCCGGGCCUCCAGCGAGGCUCAGGACAGCAGAGCUGCUGGCCCCACAGCCUCGGCUUCCGCAGAGGAGGCAGGCCAGACGCACACUCCCUCCGGGACCCACAGCACCAGCGCGAGAGGCAUCGGGCACCCAGGCUCGGCGGACACGCACCUCUCGAGCUCAGAGGAGCUGGCAGACAAGGGUCCCACUGUCCACCAGCCCUGUGUAUGCCUGUCCCGGUCGGCGUCUGAGCUCUCAGGGCCCUGGCCACCUCCCUGGCUCUGGCUGUGUGCGGAGUUGCGCCCCUGCACCAGGGCUUCCCACGUGUCCAGCCUCACGCCGUCUUUUCGUCAGAGUGGGAGCUGUCUGCUGAAGGUGCCACUGGAGACAGUGCUGCAGGUGCUCAGGACCAACACAGCCCGCCGGCGCCAGACGCUGAAGGAGAAACUGAGACAACCGUGCCCACUCAGCCCGUCCCUGGGGGCCAGCCCCAGUGACAGUGGUGUGGCCGGGCCCCAUGUACGGCGGCUGUGGCACAGGACGAUCGGGAACAGGCGGCAGUGGCGAGGACAUGCCCUGCAGAGGAGGCUCAUUGAGCGCCAGCUUCUGGUGGCCAUGAGCCCGUGGGUGGGCGACGUUGUCCUGCCCUGCACCCCCCGGAGGCCUGCCGUCGUGCACACUCGAGCCGAUGGCAUCAGGAAGCAGCUGCAAGACGCCCGGCUGGCCAGCACCCCUGCGUUUACUGUUUUUAUCCAGCUGUUCCAGAUUGACACUGCUGGCUGCAUGGAGGUCGUUCGAGAGAGGAAGGCCCAAACCCCUGCCCUGCUCCAGACUGGCACUCGGGACCCAGUGCCUGGGCUCCUACAGAUGUCUUCGUUGCGGGACUCCCCAGGCCGCAGCUUCCGGAAUCCACCGGCACGAGAAGCUGUAAAGCAGAGCACCAGCCACAAAGGGAGCAGGGGUUUACAGCUCUGCCGUGCCGAGUCCAGUCCACCGGCGCCCCCGCCAGCUCCGUGUGGCCCUCGGCCCAAGCCCAAGACCGUCUCCGAGCUGCUCCGGGAGAAGCGGCUUCGGGAGGCCCGGGCCAGGAAGGCCGCUACCCCAGGCACCGUGGCUCUCCCACCGCAGCUGGUGCUGUCCUCGCCACUGAUCCUCCAGCCCCGUCUACCACAGCCGCCCCCCACCCGCUCAGCCCCGGGCCCCGCUGCCACAGACACGGCGCUCUCUGGGCCUGGGAUCCCUGCAGCAGCGGGGCUGAGUACUUCAGGCAAGGACGAGAGGGCUUCGACCCUGCCAGUCUUGGACCGCACCCUGGCCUCCACGGAGGCUGCCCCUGCUGCCUCCAGAGCUCCAGUUCCCAGCCGGGUCCUUGUGAGUGGCCAUCAGGGUGGCCUGGGACAGUCUCAGGCCCCUGCCACGUCCCGGAAGCAGGGCCUGCCUGAGGCACCACUCUUUCUCCCAGCAGCCCCCAGCCCCAUUCAGCUGCCUAUCCAGCCCCUCAGCCUGACACCAGCUCUGGGCAUGCACAAGGGUGGGCCUCACGUGGCGGCCAGCACGCCUCUGCCUGUCACCUGGGUGCUCACAGCCCAGGGGCUGCUCCCUGUGCCAGCCGUGGUGGGCCUUCCUGGGGCGGCAGGGACCUCUGAUGCCAAGGGACUGUCCGUGACUCUGCCGUCCUCCCUGCCUGGGAUGCGGGUAGGCCAGGGCCCCAGGCUCCCUGGGCUGAGCCACCCCUGGCAGCCCCCGGCCAACAUGGACACAGACUCAGAUUCUUCCUCCAGGGCAGACCUCUCGACCCUUCCGAUGCUUUGCCAAUCCCAGAGUUCUGUGGAAGUGGGCAGUGACGUGGCCCGUGUCCCUGGGGGACCUUCCUUCCCUGGAGAGGCCCAAGUGGCCAGGGAAAUAGCUGCGCCCAGGAUACCCUCCCAGGCCACACUCCUGGCUGACCACCCUGAAGCAAAACCCCCGUGGUCCAGCCAACCCCCUCUGCAAGCUGGCACUAGCCCUGGGAGUGGCCCAGGAGGGACACCGGGGUCCCCGGGGCCAGGGCGACCCAUGGGACCUCUGGGCCUAGAGAGGCCACCCCUACCCCGGCCUGGGCCUGAGAGGGGUGCCCUGGACCUGGACCUCCUGUCCCAGGAGAGUGAGGCAGCCGUGCGGGAUUGGCUGAGGGGACAGCAGGGGGUGUGCGUGCCCCCGCUAGGGAGCAGGCUGCCCUACCAGCCCCCAGCCUUGUGCAGCCUACGGGCCCUGUCUGGACUCCUGCUCCACAAGAAGGCUUUGGAGCAGAGAGCCACCUCCCUCGUGCCCAGUGGGGCAGCCGGAGCCCUGCAGGCCUCGCUGGGACAGGUGCGGAGGCAGCUCCAGGACAGCCCGGCCUACCUGCUGCUGAAGGCUCGGUUCCUGGCAGCCUUCACCCUCCCCGCACUCCUGGCCACGCUGUCUCCCCACGGCGUCCACACCACCCUGUCGGUGGCCACAAGGGCCGAGCCAGAGAGCGAGGACGACCUGGGGGAGUUGGAGCUCACUGAUGGCUGCUCCACAAGUGGUCCUUGGGCAGGGCCGGCAGCCACCAUCCCCGUUCAGGGAGCCCCAGACCCUGGGCAGAGCGCUGACUCUUCCUGCCUGGAUGGUUCUGACAACCUUGACGUGCUGAGAACCCGGCAUGCCUGGCAUGUCCGGAAGAGGAGGCGGCUGGUGUGAGCGCAGGGAGGCAGGAGCCAUGCUGGACCCUGGUGAGCCCACCUGCCCGGAGAGCCCCUCACCGACCCUUCCAGAGAAGGCCAAAGCAGCUGGAGACUGGGAGAGGCUCCGCCAGCAGGACUGUGAGGCCAGAGGGGCUUGGCUGGUCCUCAGGCACAAAUUGGGAUGUUUGAAGGAAUAAAGGAAUGGCUUAUUUUUUUUUUUAUUAAAAAGCAAGCCCUCAGGCUCUUGUGAUGUUGCCCUGAGAGACCGGGCAGUGUACAGAGGGUUGGGGCCGCCUCUGGCCACGUCGGGAGCCGGCUGGCUGGGCCCUGAGAUCCGAGGAGCCCCCUGAACCCCAGGCCUCAGUGUUGGGUGUGGGGUGCCCUUUCCACAAGACAUGCUUGUGGCUCAGACCGAGGGGCCUGCCACGAGCUCCCAGGUGGCCACUGGUCUUGGUGCGGCCACGGGGACUGGGGUGGACCCCGCCUCGCUGCCUUCUGACCACCCUGCCAGCCGAGGUGGGCUCCUGGAACCAGCGGCAGCCAAGCUGCCACAAGUCGUGCAGCAGCCCCAGGCCAGUGCCGCCUUCCUCCUGAGCGGCCGCUUCUUGGCAGGAUGCCAAGCCCCAGCACCCUCCACAGCUCUGAGGGAUGCUCAGCCUUGGUUUGGGUGUGCAGCCUUUUGAGGCACUUGGUUCUAGAGGCUUCGUUCCUGUGUUCUCUGCAUGUGACCCUCCCGCAGGGUGCCGCACCCACUGGGACUGACCCACCACCACACAGCCUCGUGAAUGUGCUUUCACUUUUUAGUUUGUGCCCAGUGCUUUUUUG